GAAAUUGUAUAGCAAAAGCGCCCUAAUCUUAUUAUUAAUUUUAUUCAUACCAUAGAGCGGACAACAACAAAAAUCGAUAACAAUCCUCCGCCAAAAACAUAAAUAAACAAAAAAACUCAAUGACCCUGGUCAAAGACAAAUAAAAAAAACAUUAACCACUUAAACCGAAAAAAAAUUGACACAACAGAUAACAAGUGCAGCUGAAAAAAAAAACUUCGUUAAACAGGUAUCGUCACGUGGCUCUCUAUUAAAGAUGGCUCUUAAAUUUGCGGCAAAUCUAAACUUCCUAUUUACUGAGGUGGCCAGCAUUGCGGAAAGAAUAUCCUUGGCACACAAAGCAGGAUUCCGAGCUGUGGAAAUUCCCUACCCCAGAUCCGAAGAAGCUGCUGUAGUCAAAGCCCGAGAAGAAACCGGUAUUAAAGUAGCCCUGCUGAAUAUUGCCUUGGGCACCAACGAGCUACAGUUGGGGGCAACUAGUGUGCCGGGAGCAGAAAAACAUUUUCAAACCCAUCUAACAGAAACCAUAAACUUAGCAAAACAAUUGCAAUGCCAAAAGAUACAUCUAAUGUCUGGUUUGGUAAAAACUUCCUCGCGUGAAGAACACUUGGCCACCUAUGUGGCCAAUUUGAAAUAUGCUGCUGGUGUGCUGGAAAAAGAGAAUAUUGUGGGAGUCAUUGAGCCAAUUAACCAGUAUUCUGUACCUUCGUAUUUUAUGAAUUGCUAUGACAUGGCUGUGAAUGUAUUGAAUGAUGUUAAUAGCAAAAAUCUUAAACUUCUGUUGGACAUAUUCCACAGGCAAUUAAUACGUGGCAAUAUCAGCAAUGGUUUCCAAGAAUUGUCCCAAUAUAUUGGCCACAUACAAAUUGCCCAAGUGCCGCAUCGUCAUGAGCCGGAUCAGGCUGGAGAAUUGGACUAUGGCUAUGUGUUUGAAUUGAUUGCAAAGGCGGGCUAUGCCGAUUGGAUUGGUUGUGAAUAUAAACCAAAGACCACAACAAAUGAAGGUCUUAAGUGGUUAGAUAAAUAUGGGCAAAAAUUAUAAGGAGAUAUGAUGAUAAUUAAGUUGACCCCAAUAUAUCUAUUAAGUUUUUUUUUUGUUUAAAUUUUGAAAAAAAAAAAAAAUGUUUCACUUUGUAUUUGAAUAAAAAAGUGUACCUUACAGGAAUUUAGGAAAUAAAUGAAGAUUCAAAGAAUCAAAAAUUGAA